GAGAGGAGAACUCUGCUCUGCCUUCUUUUUCUUCGGAUUUCGUGUGAUCCACUUCCUCUGCAGAAGCGUGUCGUGUUAUUUAUUGCUUAAAACAACUAAUCACAAUGACCAAGAAGCGAAGGAAUGGAGGACGAUCCAAGCAUGGCCGUGGUCAUGUCAACCCUGUCCGAUGCACAAACUGCGCUCGGUGUGUGCCCAAAGACAAGGCUAUCAAGAAGUUUGUCAUCCGUAACAUUGUUGAAGCCGCUGCUGUCAGAGAUAUCACUGAGGCCAGUGUAUAUUCCUCAUACCAACUGCCGAAGCUCUACGCAAAGCUUCACUACUGCGUAUCUUGCGCCAUCCAUUCCAAGGUGGUGAGGAACAGGUCGAAGGCAGACAGGAAGAUCAGAACACCUCCUGCACGUAACUUCCCCAGGGACAUGAUGCGCCAGGGAGGUCAGCAGGUUAGGAAGUAAUUUUUUAUGUAAUAACGAUUAAAAAAACACCUUUAAA